UCGUUCGCGAACAACACAACACUAGAGUUCACACGUGAAGCAAGGGAUACGUCGGAAGACAUUAUGGAACGAAUAACUGCGCUUCUUUUUCUUUUACAGGCGACAGUAACUGUUGUCAACACAGGUUCACACUCAAUGUGGGCAUUUUCAACAUUUAUUUACGGGCAGACCCAAUUCCCAGAAUUCAGUAUUUCGGUAUUUCUGGAUGAUCUUCAGGUGCUGUACUAUGACCGCAACAUCAAGAAACUCAUCUCUCGAAGCGGACCAAGCUCCACAAAGGGAGUUGAAGAUAUUAUGCAUCUAGGUGCAAACAUUGUGGUAGAAGGCAUUUACAGUAACAUGAAACAUCCCACACAUGAAAGGUUCUUCGCCAAUCACACUGGAGGAGUUCGUGUUCAUCAGAUGCUGGCUGGAUGUGUGCUGGACAAUGACAAGUCCAGUCAGGUCAUGGUGUGGGAUGCUUAUGAUGGAACAGAAGCGGCACAUUAUGGCAUGCAUAAUUGCACAAUCAACCCUCUAUGGCCACAGCUUAUAUGGAUCACACAGGCAGCAGAGAUUUUUCAAAUGGAUUUAAGAAAUAUUUAUCAGCCUAUUUGUAUCCACAUACUGAAGUACUAUCUGGAGAAAGAAAAGAACAUUGUGCUUAGAAAAGAGCGGCCCAGAGUCAGACUAAUCCAGAAGACAUGCAGGGAGACUGGAGUGGUGAAGGUGAGCUGUCUGGCCACUGGCUUCUACCCCCGGCACAUCAACCUGACCAUGCUGAGAGACGACCGUCCCAUUCCAGACGAGGAGCUCACUUUUGGGGCGGUGUUACCCAACGGAGACGGGACGUACCAGACGAGCAGAACCCUUAGUAUCAGUUCGGAGAUAGCGAGAGAGAAACACCGUUACACCUGCUCUGUCACACACCUUGCUCUGGACAACAAGCUGGACAUCAACUGGGAACCAGGGGAAGGUGCUGAUGUUGCAGUCAUCAGUUCUGUGGUUGUAGUGCUGGUUCUGGUUCUGGUUCUGAUCUUUGCCAUCCCUGCGUUUAUCGUCUAUAAGAAGAGACGCAGAGGCAUCUAGACCUCCAUUGGAUACUUGCUUGCUAAAGAGCGGCCCAGAGUCAGACUAAUCCAGAAGACAUGCAGGGAGACUGGAGUGGUGAAGGUGAGCUGUCUGGCCACUGGCUUCUACCCCCGGCACAUCAACCUGACCAUGCUGAGAGACGACCGUCCCAUUCCAGACGAGGAGCUCACUUUUGGGGCGGUGUUACCCAACGGAGACGGGACGUACCAGACGAGCAGAACCCUUAGUAUCAGUUCGGAGACAGCGAGAGAGAAACACCGUUACACCUGCUCUGUCACACACCUUGCUCUGGACAACAAGCUGGACAUCAACUGGGAAUCAGGGGAAGGUGCUGAUGUUGCAGUCAUCAGUUCUGUGGUUGUAGUGCUGGUUCUGGUUCUGGUUCUGAUAUUUGCCAUCCGUGCGUUUAUCGUCUAUAAGAAGAGACGCAGAGGCAUCUAGACCUCCUUUGGAUACUUGCUUGCUAAAGAACUUUGGCCGAGCCAGUGGACGAUUCACCACCCAUGAACAGUGAACUAGUGCUACAGAGGAGAAGACGGAUCAGCACUUUUGUUUUGUUUGGAUUUUGUUUUGUUUGGAUUAUCCAAUUAUUUUGACUAUAUAGCUUUGUAUAUUUGCAGAUUUAAAUAGAUCACUUCAAAUACGUUUUUUAUUUUUUUAAUUGCAGUUUCCAUUAUUUUUAAUGGAAAAAUCAGAUAUUUAACUAAUUCAAUUAAGGUUAGGGUAAUGAAAGUUGAGUCUGAGGGUUGAGGCAAUUCACAGUUGUGUUCAGCAGCUUAAAGAAAGGUUAGGACAUGGGUUUGUUUUUGACCAUAAAUAGAUUUAGAAUAUAUUCAUAUUUUUUUCAGGGAAAUGAUUAUUUUUUAAAUAACCUCAACCAUAUUAUUUUGCAUUUGUAUUAUUUAAUUCAUGAUUUUAGCUUUGUUUUUCAUCAAUUCUAAAUGAGUAAUUAGAUGUUUUCAAAAGUACCUAUGGUUUCAAUUAAGUUUUAGGGCUCAAAUUAGGGUUAGGAAAAUUAGGAAAACAGCGAGUCUGAGGGUUUGAAAAAUGAAAUGACUAACAUUUACAAAGCAUAAAUCAUCUGUUUUCAUACCUUACAUUUUUUAAAAUUUAUUAUUUUAUGUAAUAAUCACAAUGAAAUUUUGAUGCACUACUCAUUACACUGUUUUACAGACCCAGCAACACCGGUGCCAUUCUAUGUUUGUAGUGUCAGUUCUGGGUCUGAUCUUAGGCAUCUCUGCGUUUGCUUCCUGUGAAGGGAAGACUGUUUAAGAGCCCAGGAAAGAGAGGUAGCGUUUACAGGGUCAUCAUGACUUGACAAAGGGUGUUAUUGUGGCCUCAAAGCAUUCCAAAAAAAUGAAAAGAUAACUGAAUUGUGUUGGCCAGAGGUGGUUGUGGCACAAAUAAACCUAACAGAGUGUUUGUGUCAAAGGCAAACACACACACACACGCACACACACACACAAAGAUAUACAUAGCCUAUAGCAGUAUUUAUAUCCUUGCAUGGAAUUAGAGCUUCAAAUAGCUUUGUGUAAAUCCUGAAAUUUACACAAUGUUAUUUUAAUCCUGAAAAAAUAUCCAAAAUCCUAAAAAUAAAGAAAAUGUCUGCAGGUUGGCUGGCAGUGUGUAGUAGUGUUUAGUGAUCAUAAUUAUGUUGCAUUUGAAGAUAAAGUGGAAUACAGAUGUUUUCACCCGGCAAAACAUUCUGCAAAUGUUCAGAUACAAAUAAAAAUCUUUUGUUAAACA